UUUAACGCUUCCUCAAUCGACAGCUCGGUAUAGGGACUGUUUUCCUUCCCAGACGUGACUUGCAGAUUGCCCAUUGCGCAGCAUUAUUCAGCAGCGGCGGUUCCGGACAUCAUGUUUCGCAACCAAUAUGAUAAUGAUGUUACUGUGUGGAGCCCCCAGGGUCGUAUUCAUCAAAUUGAGUAUGCUAUGGAGGCUGUGAAGCAAGGCUCUGCGACUGUGGGAAUAAAGUCCAAAACCCAUGCAGUGCUUGUUGCUUUGAAGAGAGCGCAGUCGGAGCUGGCUGCUCAUCAGAAGAAAAUUCUGAAUGUGGACAACCAUAUUGGCAUCUCUAUCGCUGGUCUGACAGCCGAUGCCCGGCUGCUAUGUAACUUCAUGCGCCAGGAAUGUCUGGAUUCCCGGUUUGUGUUUGACCGACCGUUGCCAGUGUCCCGACUUGUGUCCCUUAUUGGAAGCAAAACCCAAAUACCAACACAGCGAUAUGGGCGCAGACCAUAUGGCGUGGGACUUCUUAUCGCCGGUUUUGAUGAAAUGGGGCCUCACAUUUUCCAGACUUGCCCUUCCGCAAACUACUUUGACUGUAAAGCGAUGUCCAUUGGCGCAAGAUCCCAGUCUGCUCGCACUUACCUAGAGAGACGCAUGUCAGAGUUUUCUAAUUGUAAUCUGAAUGAGCUGGUUAAACACGGUUUACGUGCACUAAGAGAGACACUUCCUGCGGAACAGGAUCUUACUACAAAGAACGUUUCCAUAGGCAUUGUUGGAAAGGACCUGGAAUUCACAAUCUAUGAUGAUGACGAGGUUUCUCCAUUUCUGGAAGGCUUAGAAGAGAGACCACAGAGAAAGCCUGCUCAGCCCGCAGAGGAUCCUGUAGAUAAACCAGAGGAACCGAUGGAGCACUGAGAGCGAGGAAUUCAUCUUCACAGAAUGUCCUUUCAUUUGGAAACUUGAUCAUCUGACUAAAAUGAGGAGCAGCGUUUAAUGUUUUGUAGAAUGCUGAAAAAGCCUUUACUGUGAGCGGCUUUAUAGAAUUAAACUUUUUUUUCUUGAACAA